CGUGACCUGAGCUACUAGCUCAGUGAAAACGCUGAUUUUUGUUUGUGGACUUUAAAAGGGACUCUGGGCGGCAGUAAGUGGGUGUCGUCCAUAUGGUUGAAGAAGCGAAGCGGGUGGACGGACGGAGCGGGGCCGGCUCGCACGUUCGGUUACGUAGAGGACGUGGAUCUGUCUGUGGGCUGGGCUAGGUGAGCUCCGUCGGUGUUAGCCACACUGGGCUAGCAAUGUCUGAUCGGACCGCUCCCGCCGGGGUUUGGAUCGUCUUUCACCAGAAAUGAUUUUGUGAAGACCACCCUACAAGGUCUGAGCUUGUUUGUCAGCCUUGAGUAGGUUUGGUUUUCACCCUCCAAGUGUCCUGUGGACGACAGCUGACCAUGGUGGUCUGAAGAAGGAGCACGCAGUGUGAGUUCAGUCCAACGCAGCGAAGGCUUGAUCCAGACGGGAGCAGAGAGGAAAAGAACGUUUGAACACAAAAUGUCCCGCAACAGAGAACUGGUUGUUUUCUACGUGAAGUAUAAACUGUCUCAGAGGAACUACCCCCUCAACCACAUAGUGCUCAAUGAGUCUCCGAACAGGACUGCUGCGGGGGAGGUGGGCGAGGAGCAGAGCACAGAGACGCACGCCAACGGGACGUUUAACGGGACGAGUCCCGGGACCCCGCCGCUAUCCCCGCUGCGUCAGCAGCAGUUGCCGUCGACGACGAACAUGGACGCAGUGAAGGAGGCGCUCCGGGACACGGCCAACGAGUUCGAGCUGCGGUACGCCCUGGCCUUCAACAACCUGCACAGCCAGCUGCACAUCACGCCCGCCACGGCCUACCAGAGCUUCGAGAACGUGAUGAACGAGCUGUUCCGCGACAACAUCAACUGGGGGCGCAUCGUGGGGCUCUUCGCGUUCGGCGGGGCGCUGUGCGUCGAGUGCGUGGAGAAGGAGAUGAGCCCCCUGGUGGACAGGAUUGUGGAGUGGAUGACCGUCUACCUGGACAACCACAUCCAGCCGUGGAUCCAGAGCCAAGGCGGAUGGGAGCGUUUUGCUGAAAUCUUUGGGCAGGAGGCCGCAGCCGAAAGCAGAAGGUCUCAGGAGAGCUUCAAGAAGUGGCUGCUGGUGGGGAUGACGGUGGCGACCGGCGUCCUGGUGGGAUCCUUCAUCGCCCAGAAACGCCUGUGAGGGGACAGGCCUCCUCUCCAGACCCGCGUCCCAGCUCCAUCUGCCUCCUUCACUACCCUCAACAUUGAAACAAAGGUCCUGUUCAUCUCAUCAGGGCUCCUGAUGAGAUGAUGUUUACUUCAGCCACUGUCACGCGUCAGCCGAGCGAGGAUCCUCCAUUCGUGUUGAACUUUUAGGGAAAAAGACAGAGAGAGCGUUCUAGUAUUCUUCUGUUCACCUUGUUGGAUGCAAACGUGUGCUAACACGCAUCAGUUCCAAUUUUCACCAAAUCGGUUGUUCCUUUGGUUCCUAUAGCAUAAUCCUGUGCAGAUUCUAAAACAGAUCGAGUUUAAUUUUCAUUCCUGAAUGUUGGUUUGUUUUAGUUUUUGUCCUCACUGUGUCAGAGUGUAGAAAUGUGUCGCCGUCCUCUCAGACAUGUGCCAUACGGACGGUGAAGGCGGGGGGAGGAUGGAGCGCUCGUCCCUGAAACACUGUCUGUCCCAACCAGAGAAGCAGCAGGCUGUUUUCCACUAGAACUCUCUCUGUAACUUUGUGUUUGUUGGUGUUUUUAAUAGUUUUGUUUGAUUAAACUCUGGUUCCUCCACCGCUUUGUGCUUCAGUCACACAUGGAGUUGGUUCAGGCUCAGUAGCUGAAGGACGCAGCAGAUUCUGUAGCAAUGGGAGGGAGAUCGGUUUGAAGCGCCUCACAGUCUCUUUGCGGGGAUUCCCGUCUUAGUUCUUAGCUUCUUUAGCUUGGAGGACGAACACGUUGUAGUCGUGCAGUGCUGUGUUUGAGGGCAGAUACAGGGACAGCCGUCUGUCUGAGGCGAAGACGCUAAAACUGUUAACAGAUGAUUCCGGCCUUUUGGAGUGCUUCAGUUCAUCUAGAUUUCCGCCUGUGAAACCCGUCAAACCUGACAUUUAUUCUUCAUCAUUUAAAAGAUUUAUGUAGCAACGGAUUCCAUCUAACAUUUUUAAAUCCUGAGCCUCCUCCAGCUCCGUUUCUCCUCCUCAGACACGAACUGAGCUGUAUGGAGGAAAAACCUCAGUGCAUGACAGUCACUACAUUCCUCCUCUUCAUCUCCUUUUAGUGUCGAUCCUCCUCCAGAGCUGGAUCAAAGCUCCUCCUACAUUCCAGGACAGGACAUAUAGAUCUAUUUUUCUAGCGUGUGCUCCACGAGAAGCUGCUCCGCAAAUCUCCCCCCUGCUGUCUGGACUCGUGUUUUACCAGCCUGUGACCCCCCAUCUCGAGGGAGGUGUUCUGUUUUUGAAGGAGGCACAAAUGAAGGAAGCGUGACGACAUUGGCAGGACCCUACAUAUAUAUAAAUAUAUAUAUAUGCUUGUUAUUUAAACUGAUUUAGAUUAGGAAGUUAGCUUAGUUACAUAUUUAAGAAAAAACAGAACUGAUGGCUUUUAAAUGUAAUUUAUAUUUGGUGUAAAAAGCAUAAAUGUGCUCCUUCAAACGGCCUUAAACUCCAUGGAUGUGCAUCGUCAGUUGUGACUUUCUUUCCUUUAGAAUUAUUGGACUGCAGUUGGAUGAAUCAAACCAAGCGGGGAACUUUUACAGAAAGGUGGAGUCUGUGUCUGGUCCAUCCUCAUGGACUCAGGAUCACAACCACGUCCAAGGCUCUGUUUGUUUGUCCUUAGAUUGCAACUGUAAAACUUUAAAUGACACUGAAUCUAAUAAAGUCCAAUGUUGGAAGAA